AUGACUGAGAUCAUAGACAAUAGACUAUCGGAGUUUGAAGACAUUCACCACUAAAACCCAGUGGAGGCUCCAACUGUCGAUGAGCAUUCUGAAGACUAACAAGCAAUCGGACUGCCAGAAGAGAAUCUUAAUGCGAAUAAUCCUGAGUAGGCAGAAGAUGCUGAAUAGGAGAGAUAAAAUGAUCAGCUAGACUAGGAUAUAGAAGAAGCUGAAGAAUAUGAUUAAGAUUAGAAUGAUCAAGAAAUGGAGGACGAAGAAGAGUAAAUGAUGAAUUUGUAGAAUGGAAGCAACUAUAGAGACUUGGAAGAGAAUUUUGAGUAGAUAUCAUUAGAGCAGUAGUAAAAAUUUGCUCAGCAGUAUUACUAAUCUGAGGAUCAAGAAGAUGAAUUCGGAGAUCAUUUAAAGCCAAUUAAUGAAGAAGAACUUGAAUAGUAGAAGGAACAGGAGAGGCAAAGAUUAUAACAAUAGCAGUAGUUAGCACUACAAUCGCAAAGACAACAGCAACAAUAACAAGCGUAAAUAAAUAAUCCUGAGGACUCAAGUAGAUUAUAGCAAAAUAGCAGCUUCAAUCAGACUAAAAAUGUGUCAGCUAGUGAUUAUCAAAGAUAGCAAUAAUCUUACAAUCAAUAGAUAUAGAAUUAGCAAUAGCAAACCAAUCAAAGUGAUGUAUCAGGCUAGACUACUAGCAACAGUACUUAGCAAGUAAACUCGCAUCUUUAACUAUCGUAAAUAAAUUAAUAAGACUUGGAAAAGAAGCUUAACGAAAACUACAAAGCUUUUUGCCAUCAUAAAUAUCAAGAAAUUGUAGCUAAAUACCCGCAAUUAGUUAGUGAUAGUGAGUAGAUUGCAACGAUUAUAGCUAAAGAAUGGCAUAGUUUGCCUUCUGACUAAAAAUUAAACUUAAAAAUAAUACAAGUUUAAAGCCAAAGGCCCCAGCAAGUUGCAUAGCAAUAAAUCAGUCCAUCUCAAUAGCUUUUACAGUAAUAAAUGACACAGUCUAAUCCUUAUCACCAAGCAUAGAUUAUGCCUGGCAUCAGUGGUAUUCAAAUGAAAGUCAAAAAGUUUAGAAGAACUAAAGCUGAGUUGGAAUCAGCUGCAGAAAAACCAAAGAAGUGCAUGACUCCAUAUCUCUACUUCGUAAAGUAAAACAGAGCUAGGAUUGGAUAAGAAAAUCCGGGUAGAAGCUUUAAAGAUAUGAUGCAAUUGAUUUCUUAAAUCUGGGCUCGAAUGACUCCUUAAGAGAAAAUUCCAUAUGAUCAAAUGGCAGCUCAUGACAAGAUUAGACAUGAGUCUGAAAUGAGAGACUACCAAGUAAAUGUUAUCGAAAAGGGUAUGAAGCCCAUAAAAAAAUAAAGGAAAGUAAGAGGGCUAGGAAAAUUAGCUCUAAUGGGUGGCUAAGUUAUGCCUGUAAAGGCCAAGUCUAUAGUUCCUAGUAUGCUUGUAGGAAGUUAGCCGAUUCAGUAGAUAUAACAAUCUCAGCCUUAGAUUGGAAAUAAUUAAUAUGCGAAUGUGGUAACUCUAUAUAGCAUGAUUUAGCAAUAAAAUCAAAUCAUAAAUAUGCUAUUGACUUAGCAAACUUAGCUGCAGUCAAAUAAGGAUCAUAAUUCAAAUCAAAAUUAGCAUCAUUAGUAGUUACAAUAAUAAAAUGCUUAGCUAUAAUAAUAGCACUAAUAAAGCAUGAUCGCUUAGAAUUAAAACGGUAACCUCUCUGUAUCUCUAAACCAGAGUGCAGCAGUACCUAAUAUAAAUGGCAACAGUGGUACCCUAAGUAACAAUCCUGGAGGCGGGUGCGGACAAAAUAUUGGAGGGAAUACAGGAGUUUUUGGAGGUCAACUAAAUAAUCUAAUCAACUAAUACUAAUAAGUUUGA